GGCGGUGUAUAUUUUUACCCCCCACCCUCCAUCCCUACUGAGCGGAAACGAGGGUCCCCACUUUUUUCCGCGUCAAGUUCGUGCCUUAAAGUUUUUUUUUUUUUGCUCUUUUCUUUUAAGUCGGAGACAUUGUCGCGUCAAGUCAUAAUGGAAGCCCGAGAGACCAUUUUGUGGACUUCUUGCCGUUGAAGUCGACUCUCGCUCAUUUUUUUCUUCUCGCCGACGCCACUUUAGUGACCAACUUUUUGAUGCCUUUUCGACACAUUUCCGUUAUGCGAAGUCCAAACUGUUGUGUUGUCGUCGUGCAGCGGUGGGUGCCCGUCCGAGAUAACGGAGAACUGAUUCUCAGCCGGUCUGGUCACUGCAAUGAAUGGUAACACAUUCCAGCCAGCCAGCACCACCGCGACAGUAGGAGGCGGCCAAGGGGUGGCAGCGCUCCCGCGAGGCUGGAGGGAGUUCUGCGAGCUUCACGCCAUCGCCACAGCGCGGCAACUCGCGGGACACUACCGGAGCUUCGCCAGGGAGCGCCCCCAGCAUGACGUCCCCCCGCCGGAGACCUUUUCCAAGCAGUUCACUGACCUCUUCCAGCAGCAUUUUUGCUGCGAGGUCGACAAGGAUGGCGCGCCUCUCCAGCAGAGCACCUGCUCCACCGCUUCCGGCAUCACCCCGGCGGUUCCUCCUCCGGUUCCGUCGCAGACCGUGAUCGGUCGAUUACGACUCGCCGCUUUGUCCGGGGUGCAGGACUACCGGGAGGCGGGCCGACAAACCGGAGGAGCCGCCCUCUUUACCGUGGUGUCGCCAAAAGUGGAGCCGGUGGUGGUGAGCCGGGAGCAAGAGCGGCCUCUGCGAUGCGCGGCGGGGAACCCCCGUUCAGGGAACCCGGUGCUGCUCAGGGGCUUGGGCUUGGCCCGUUCAUUAGGCAGCGGGUCACUGUUGUUCCGUAGCCGUAGUAACGAGGAGCUAUCUGGUACAGCUAGUCGACAGAUAUCUGACUCUUCAGCUUCCGGUCCAGCGCAUGCCGAUGUCACACACUUCUCAGUUAGUCAGAUUCGGCAGUCUGUCAGACGACUUUUUAAGAAAGGGCCUCUUCCCAGGCCGCCCUCGACACAGGACCUGUCCGCCAACAACCCCACCCACUCCCUCACCGGCCCCGCAAGCAGCGCGCCCUGCACGCCUGAGCAAACAUCUUCUUCCUCACAACCUCCCACUUCUCCCAACUCUGAAACGACAUCGACGGCGGCGUCGCCGUUCUCUGGAGUCGCCUUCCACUUCCUGGAUCGUUUCCGUUGGUUACGCGGCGGGAGCAUGAGGCAGAGGAGGUCGGAGGUCAGCAGCUGCUGUAAAGAGGGCCAGCUGAGGUACUUGCUGGUGGACGACACCAUCUCAGACUCUUUGCCGCGAUGGCAGCGCUGCCGCCUGCUGGUCAGGAGGAUCAGGGAUGCCCAAGGCGGAGGAGGCGAAGGCUACCAGUUGGAGCUUUAUGAUCCUCCAAAGGCCUCCGCUCCCAAACUGACGACUCACUGCUCAGAUAUCCAAGAAGUCCGUCGCUGCAACCGGCUGGAGAUGCCCGACAACUUAAACACGUUUGUCUUAAAGGUUAACCGAGGCAGUUUGAUAUUUGAGACAGACAACGACCAGCAGGUCAGCUCCUGGACCACAGAGAUCAAAGAAUGCAUCAGCAACAGGUUGGGCACUGUGGAUCUGGAGCCCCUCCCCUCAGUGGCUGACAGCGCCCUUUCGACCAAUCACAGGGCAAGCUCCGAGUCUGGCAGUCAAAGUGAUUGGCGGCCCGCUUCGUCCCACCCGGCUCAGCAGACACGUCCCGUCACGAUUAGCUACCCAGUCGCCCUGGCUCUGCCAGAGCCGCUCAUCCACAAGACCGAUCACUUCCUGUUCUCCUACCCGUGGUUCCACGGGCACAUCUCGCGCGUCAAGGCGGCCCACCUGGUUCAGAGCUCGGGGGCCGAGGGCCAUGGCGUCUUUCUGGUGCGUCAGAGCGAGACGCGGCGAGGAGACUACGUCCUCACUUUUAACUACCAAGGAAAAGCCAAGCACCUGCGCCUCUCGCUGACCGAGUGGGGGCAGUGCAGGGUGCAGCACCUGCGCUUCCCCUCCGUCGUGGAAAUGCUCAGCCACUUCCGCCUCUUCCCCAUCCCGCUGGAGUGCGGAUCCGCCGGCGCUGUCACGCUCUCGAGCUUUGUCGUGGCGGGCUCCAGCCCACCGUCACAGGGUCAGCUCUCCGGCACCCACUUGGCGCCGUUCUCGCUGCACCGCUGGAACUCGGAGCCCAACUUGGCUCACUGCGGAGCACCUCGAAGCUGCAGCCAACCGCUCUCCUCUUCUUCCUCCUCCUCCUCCUCUUCCUCGUCUUCCUGCCCCCCGUGUGGAGCAGCGCGUUAAUCGCGGCCUGCGCCGGCAAC